AUGUCUGAUAGAGAAGCUUUGAAGUUAUUUUCAAGACAACCGGUCAACUUGGAUAUGAUCAACUUUCUUGUGUCUACAACAAAUUCCAUAAUACAAGUUAAGCCACAACAGCCACAACAGCCACAACAAUUACCAUCACCAGCAUCGUCCUAUUCACUGCUGCUAGUUGACUCUGCGCCAGAGAUUGUAUCCAUCAACCCACCUAUCACAUUGACUCAAUUCAUCAAGAACCUAAUCAAGUAUUCGAAUGUCCAAACACCCACCUUGAUGGCUACAUUGGUCUACUUGAACAAAUUACGCAACUACUUGCCUGCAAACGCCGUAGGUAUGGAAACCACCAGACAUCGUAUUUUUUUGUCAGCUUUGAUAGUGGCUGCCAAAUCUUUAAAUGAUAGCUCACCAUUGAAUAAACAUUGGACAAAGUAUACCGAUGGGUUGUUAACUUUACAAGAAGUCAAUUUGGCCGAACGUGAAUUGAUUUCAAUCUUGAACUGGAACGUCAACAUAACUCAGGAAGAGUUGAUUUACACUUUGCAACCGUUUUUGAUUGGUAUAAAAUCAUGUUUGUUGCAACAGCAAGAAUUAGAAUCAAUGCAAAGAAUCAAAUAUUACAGAUUGACUCAACAAAAGAAGUCUAGUCUGUCGUCUUCCAUUGUGACGUUGGGAUCAAGUUCUAGAUCAAAGACUUCGAGAAGUCCAACUCCUGUGGUUUCUUCUACUUCACUUUCAUCUACAUUGUCAUCUGCGUCAUCAAAUUACUCCUUGUACUCAAGUACCCACAGUUCUGGUAACGUGUCUGCUUCAUCAUCAAUUGCAUCCAAUUUAUCAUCACAAUACCAAUCAUCGUCACCCAACUAUACUUACACCAAACCUCAAGCCAAGUUGCCAUUAGCUUCAACCUCCCAAAAUAGUCUAAACACACUUCACCCAUCAUCAAGUCAACCUGCAGCACAACAGCAAGUGCACCACCCACAAAUUCCAAUUUCCAAAUCAGCCAAGUUUGGCCAAAAGGAUAAGAACCAAUACUUGGCUCCAAUCAUUAAGAAAAAGAGAUCAAUGAUGAGUUUGUUGUCUUCUUCGGGUAGAGUUGUAGCUUAA